GGCAGAAUUCAUUAGUGCCGAUGGAAUUGUGUCUGCCGAUGAAAUUGUAAACAUUUGUAGUGAGAAGGUGAUGCCGAGUUUGGCUGAGUUGGAGGCGUUCAUGACAUUGGCAUUUUUCGAAAAGGAAUUUAAAUACUGCGUCAACACGUUCAAUCAAUCAAAGACAGCGAACGGAAAGUUGCUUUUUGGAAUGAUGGAGCCCCACCUCCAGCACUACGCAAUUGGGUGUACUCGUCCACUGCCGACUUUCCUUGGCCAUUUGGACGUACAUGUGGAAUUGGGGCCGAUAUACCGCAUGGUGGUAACUGAAACGGAUACCAUUGUGAUGUACCAUCUGAAGACCCGGCCAACCAUUAUACUUCCGCGGGGGGUUAUAUCGAGAUUGGACCAGUUUGUACGCGAGAGCCAACAGCAAGUCGACAGCGUACAGUAUGUUCCCGGUGUUGGUGUAGAAUACGAGUUUGAUACGGCCGCAUUGUUCGAGACAACACCGGAACAAUUGGAGAAUCGGCAGUUGGAGGCGCAGUUGGACGAUGACGAUAUCCAGGAAUACGUGUACCGUACAAUUAUGUCAAUCCGUGCAAAAAAUAACCCGGACCGCGAAUUUACCGAGGUCGUCCGACAAUUGCCCGAUUAUGAACAGGAGUUCAUCGACUUUUGCAACGAUUUCAUUGUGGCCAUGGGUGACAACAGUGCAGAGAUAUCCAAGGAACGGAUAAUUAAAACGGUUGAGGCCAUCAUUGAAGACUCAUUCGAUCCGGACCGAACUCGCAUCGCACUGGUGGCGUUUUGUUUGUGGGCCUUUGACCCACAAACAAUCCAACGGAUUCUGUUAAUGAGAAAGGAAGGGAAAAGUGUCAAAAAUGCUUGGACUAAGGACGCCAACACAAUGCCGUUCAAGCCGCGGGCUUGA